CAAAAAAGUUUAUUAUUGUUUUCAUAAAUUUGGAGUUAAAAAUUAAAGAAACGUCAUCGUAAAAGUUAAGAAUAAGAUGCUUUAAAAGUUCAGUUCAUAGUCUAUAAGACAAAAUGGCACAACCCGGAGUUAUUAGAAAAUUAGAUGAAGAAGUGGUAAAUCGUAUAGCUGCUGGUGAAAUUAUACAAAGACCGGCAAAUGCUCUAAAGGAAUUGAUAGAGAAUUGUUUGGAUGCAAAAUCAACAAAUAUAAUAAUCACAGUCAAAGCUGGUGGGCUGAAAUAUUUACAGAUACAAGACAAUGGUACUGGCAUAAGGAGUGAAGACCUUAAUAUAGUAUGUGAAAGGUUCACAACAUCGAAAUUGAGGGAAUAUGAAGAUUUGCAAGCUAUAAGCACUUAUGGGUUCAGAGGUGAAGCCCUGGCCAGCAUCAGUCAUGUAGCUCACCUCAGUAUACUGACUAAAACUGUAAAUGAUAAAUGCGCUUAUAAAGCGUCUUAUGAAAAUGGCAAGCUCAAGGGGACAAUUAAAGCCUGUGCGGGCAAUAAUGGUACUCAAAUAACUGUAGAGGAUCUAUUUUAUAACGUGUUAGCGAGAAAACGCGCAUUGCGAAGCCCAAACGAAGAGUAUACGCAUAUAAUGGAAGUAGUGGGGGGCUACGCAAUACAUAACAGCAAUGUUAGUUUCACAUUGAAGAAGUUUGGAGAGAAUACAGAUAUAAAGACUCCAAGUAAAUCAUCGGUUGUUGAAAAUGUUCGGAUUAUACAUGGAAAUUCAAUAGCAAGGGAAUUAUUAGAAAUAGAGUUAAAGGAUCCAACAUUGAAGAUGUCGCUACAUGGUUUUGUUACGAAUGUGAAUUAUUCGCACAAGAAAGGCUGUAUGUUGCUGUUCAUUAAUCACAGGCUGGUUGAUUGUGUUUCAAUAAGAAAAGCGAUAGAUGCUGUGUACUCUACAUAUUUGCCAAAGAAUUCACAUUCCUUUGUUUAUCUCAGUAUUGAAUUAGAUCCUAGAAAUGUUGACGUGAACGUGCAUCCAACGAAACACGAAGUGCAGUUUCUAUAUGAGGAGCAAAUUAUAGACAAAAUCAAAGGUUGCAUUGAGAACAAACUUCUCAGUUGUAGCUCUUCUAGGGUUAUGUAUACUCAGGCAAGGUUGCCUGGGGCGAGCGCAGUUGAAGAAAUUGUCAAAAAAACAACAGACGGAGCAAAAGUGUAUGCCAAGGAUUUAGUUAGAGUUAAUAGUGAUGUGCAAAAAAUCGAUAAAUUUUUCCAAUAUGCAUCUAAAAGUGUAACUAAUGAUGGUAUGGUAGAAAAAACCAUUGAAAAACAUGAAAAGAUUGGAAAUUCAGAAACAAAAGAAUGUAAUAUAACUACAGGACAGAUAGAGAAUGUAUGUGAAGUUGAUGAUGAAAUUAUACAAGGGAAAGAUGCAAAAUUACCAAAAAUUACAAUUCACGAAACAAGCGACGAUGACAUAUUAGAAAAUUCACUAAUUUCCGAACCAGACACGAAAAAUAGAGAUGCGGAUAAAUGGAAAGGUCACAUGAAUGUAGAUCAAGCAAAUCUAAGUUACGUGGACCCAAAGGAAUCCUUUAAAACUAGGACGUUUAAGUAUGAAAGAGUGGAAACUAAGUUAACUAGUGUGAAAAAAUUAAGAAUGGCAGUAGAGGAUGCGUGUAAUAGUAACUUGAGGGAAAUCUUGGCUAAUUUAAUAUUUAUAGCUUGUAUCGAUUGCUACAAAUCCUUGAUACAGCAUUCGACGAAACUGUAUUUGUGUGAUACUACGAGAUUGGCUGAAGAACUGUUCUAUGAAACAUUGCUGUACGAUUUUCAAAACUUUGGAUUUAUAAAAUUAACUAAUCCGUUGCCGUUGGAAGAGCUGUUUUUGUUGGGGUUAAACUCUCAAGAUCCUGAAGCCAAUGCCGAAAUGGGCGAUAUUGGCGAUAUGCGAGAAAUGGCGAAGGAAAUGACAAAAUUAUUGAUAGCCAAGAGGGCGAUGCUACAAGAGUAUUUUUCCUUCGAGAUAAACGAUGAUGGAGAAUUGCUUGCGCUGCCAUUACUUCUAGAUGGUCACACUCCAUUUAUGGGUGCCUUACCGACAUACCUGGUCCGUCUGGUCACAGAAGUUAACUGGGAAUCGGAGAAAGAAUGUUUCGACACGUUUAGUCGACAAACAGCUAUUUUUUAUUCUCAACCAAAUCCAAAUGAUUCCAAUGAAGCUAUGAAGUCGGAACAGUGGAAACAGGAACAUAUAAUUUUUCCCGCCAUAAGAAGAUACUUUCUCCCGCCUACUAGUUUUGUUAAUAAUGGCGCUAUUUUACAAAUUGCGAGCUUGAAUGAUUUGUACAAGGUGUUUGAGAGGUGUUGAUGAUUUGAGUAUAUAGUUUAAUUUCGUUGAAUAAAUUGUCGUUUAUAUAAUAUAAAUACUUUCUUGUU